GGCGGCGACGGUGGCCGUCGCUUCUUCUUCCGGGCAACACGACGAUGAUGCGAACGGCGGCGCGCAGCAGGGACCGAGGUGGAAGAGAUUUCUAGGACACGUUGGACCAGGAUUUCUCAUCUCCAUGGCUUACCUCGAUCCUAGCAGUUGUAAGCCCAAGCAGCCUAGUUCCAUUCUUCUUUCCCUUGUGUUGGCUUAAUUUCAAUGUGGUUUCCUAUGCCUCUUUCUAAUGUAUAUGUCCAUCUAUGUUAUUAAUCCGAUGGUAAGCCCUUGCUAAAAAUUGGCGCACAUGCGACUCAUUGCAACUAGAGGCUUUGAUUCAACAACUUCUGAUCUAGAAUACACUUCAAUGAGUGUAUUCUAUGUUAAUGAAGGAUGUUGCAGAGCUGUCACAACCUAACACAAAUUUCAGAUACAAUUUGUUAUCCAGAAUGGAGAAAUUUAACCACCAAAUACCACUUAAUGGCAGAUUUCUAUAAAAGCUACCAUGUAUGUUAGAUCUGAAAAUAUCUCUCCAGUUUCCAUGUAUUUAGCUCUAUGUUGGCAGCCGCACAUAAACUCACAGAAGUACACCAGUAGGUUGGCGACUUGCUUUGUGACAACCAUCUGGAUCGUCAUCACUGUCAGGAUUGCAACCUAAUUGGUCUGGUGUUGUUGAAAAAUAUGGCGAGAUAUAACCAUAAAGAAUAUGAUAACAUUUAGUUUUUGUUGCAGUCUUUGGUUACGUUUUCUCUUUGCUUUCUUCGAGAAUGUACUAAUUCUGACAGUUAAACUUUGCCCAACACACAGUGCAAACUGAUUUACAGGCUGGGUACAGUCACAGAUACGAGGUAUAAAUAUUUGAAAUAUUCUUCUCCCUGUAUCUUUUGUUAUUGGAUCUACUUAUCCGAAAUCUUAAAACUAUUCCGUCCAUCAUUCUAGAAUAGCUAAAUAUUGUCUAUCUUCAGUUAUUAUGGGUUCUCUUGUUUGGGUUCAUCUUCGUGUUGAUUAUACAGUCGUUGGCAGCGAAGCUUGGUGUCGUCACAGGCACCUUGCGGAGCUGUGUAUGGGUGAGUACCCUAAGUAUGUUAGAUACGGCUUAUGGUUUUUCGCUGAGCUAGGCGUGAUUGCUGCCACUAUACCAGGAGUUUUAGGAACUGCUUUAGCAUACAACAUUUUGUUUGACAUUCCGUUUUGGGCCGGUGUACUCAUAUGUGGAGCUACCAUCAUCCUACUUCUAGGAUUACAGAGCUAUGGGGUCCGAAAAAUGGAGUUCAUGAUUGUACUUUUUAUGCUCGUCAUGGCCUCGUGUUUCUUUAUAGAGUUGAACCAGGUCAAUACUCCAGUGAGCGAGUUACUUGAGGGGUUAUUUGUCCCAAGACUCAGAGGACAUUAUGCUAUCUCAGAUGCAGUUGCCCUGAUCAGCGCUCUUGUUCUGCCGCACAAUCUCUUCCUACAUUCUUCUUUGGUUAUAUCAAGAAACAUACCAUCAUCAUGUGAAGCAGUUAAGGAUGCAUCGGUAUUCUUCUUGAUAGAUAAUGCACUCGCCUUAUUUCUUGCGCUACUCGUAAAUGUUGCCAUUGUGUCGCUCUCUGCAACUAUAUGUGUUGAUAAUAUUUCACUUGAGACUGAGACAUGCAGCAGUCUUACUUUGAAGUCAGCAUUCGUACUAUUCAAGAAUGUUUUGGGAAGGUCAAAAUCAGUUGUGUACUGUUUGGCAUUACUAGCUUCUGGACAAAGUUGUGCGGUGAUUACCACAUAUUCAGGCCAAUAUAUUAUGCAGGGAUUCUCAGGGAUGAGAAAGUUAAUCAUAUAUCUCGUUGCUCCCUGUCUCACUGUGGUGCCUACUUUGAUAAUUUGUAGCAUCGGUGGUGCUUUACGAGUUCGUCAACUUAUCAAUAUAGCUGCGAUCAUAUUAUCCUUUGUCCUGCCAUUUGCUCUCAUUCCUCUCCUCAAAUUCAGUAGUUGUUCCUCAAUGGUAGGACCUUACAAGAACUCAAUAUCUAUCACGCGAACCUCAUGGAUCCUGUCUAUGGUGAUCAUCAGCAUCAAUACUUAUUUCUUUUGUAAUAGCUUCAUCAGUUGGCUUGUCUAUAGUGACCUACCAAGGUUUGCUAAAGCAAUAAUUAGCACCCUUGUCUUCCCUUUCAUGGCGGCCUAUGUUGCUGCGGUCAUAUACUUGGCUCGCAAAAAAGUUAGUAUCAAUGUGGCACUACCGUCCAGAUCAGUUUCUUGUGGGAUUGAAGUGGAAGAGGUGCGAAUAGAAGAUGGUCGAUAGUACUGAAGGUUUGGCUUGCUAGGUUGGAAUCAUGUUUUGGACACAUUUUGAUUUCUUCGAGAAUGAACAUGUUCUCGUGUACUGAUUCGAUUCCAUAGAGGCUCUUGUAACCAUGGUAGGACCUAGCAUCCCUCUUCUCCGGACAAACUACAGACUAAAGUGCAUAAGAUGAUUUUGAUCUGUAGUUUGCCCGGGUUUCAAAAAGUUUCUAGGUCCACCACUGCUUGUAACUCUUCGAUCAACGAAGCAUCGACUAGUUCAUGUAUAGCAUAAGGUGUAUAUAUUUUAGUUAGUCAAUUGUUUGUCAUGUAAGCUCAACUAUGCACCCAGUAGAAUGAACUACUUGUGAUUGUGCCUAACCAGGGAUGCUUUGUAUUCA